CGCCCCCGGUCUGCAGGGGCAAUCAACAAAUGCAGCCGUGCAGACAACGACUCAGAAAGAAACGGCCAACUGGCAGCAACAAAGGCACAAACAAGGUGAACAGACAACAAAUAUUGAAUUAUUGUGUUGCCUGUCCUGUCCCCUGCCGGCGUCGACCACAGGAACGCUGUGCGCCGUGUUGAUUGUUUCGACGGUCCAACGUCCGCUGCGACUACCCACUAGUAGGUCAACGUCCAAAACUCGCGACGACCGGGCGCACAACUGAUCGCGACUUCACUACUGCUCCGAAGACGCCAUUAUCGAUAUCAUAUUGUCGUCUGUUCGUGGUUCGACCGGAGUCUAGAAAUUUUUCCGGAAAUCACGUCGAACAAUCGCCAUGCAGUUUCAAUUCAACAGCAACAAUCACGUCGGGCAGGUGCUGAAGAUCGACAACACGUUGACGGCCGAUGGAUACGAGAACAACCACGAUUUAAGAAACAAUUUACGAUUGAUAAUUGACGAUAUGGGAAAAGUGUCGGCCAUGACUCAACAUUUGGAGUCACCAAUCACCAGUGCUGAAAAGCUUAUUAAUUCUGAUCAUGUUAUUUACAUGAUGACCGAACAAAAUACACCGGCAAAUUUUGCUGUUAUUGGAUAUUUGAAGAUGGGUUGGAAAAAGUUGUUCCUUCACAACAACAAACAAGGUACCCGUUCGGAAACUUCGGUUUAUUGUUUGUUGGAUUUUUACAUCCAUGCAUCUAAACAGCGUCAAGGUUACGGAAAACAACUAAUUGGAUACAUGUUACAGGAUAUAAAAUUACAUCCCAAGCAUUUGGUUAUUGACAAGCCAACCACAAAUCUAUUGCAGUUCAUGUGGAAACAUUUUCAACUAUCAAAAUUGGUAACCCAGGAAAACAAUUUUGCUGUCUACGAGGAUUUCUUUGAUGAAUUGGACGAAAACCAUGACAAUACUGGAAACAGAACAUCAGGAUAUAAUCGUCUACCAACAUUUGGACGUCAUGGAGCUCAUAAACAUCAUGAUUCAAUGGGUGAAAUCAUACAAAGUACAGGGCCUUCUUCUUCUGUGAUGCACGACUAUAACAAUGUCAACCAUAACAACUUUGCUCAUCACCAGUUCAAAGAAGUGAAACCGCAUACUGAACAAGCUUUAGGCUCACUUCAAAUCAAUAAGUAUGGUGACUAUGUAGAGAGAGAUCUUAAAUACCAUCACAGCUCUACAUAAUGCAAACAACUAUUAAUUAAAGUUUAGAAUCUUAAACUUAAUCCACAUUAGUAUACAAUUAUAGAUUCACACAAUUGUACUCUAUACAUAAUAGGCAUAUUGACAUAUUGUAUUUAAAUAAUUACUAUAGGUAAUGGCUAAAAUAUUCAUUAUUUUU